AACACGCUGAAUUUAAAUGUUAUAAUUUAUAAUUCAUGGUUUUAUUUUCAGUUUGUAGAGAUGAUGGCGUUGGAUAUUGGAGAUAGCUCACAAGUCUACGCUGCAUUUCUGGUUUUCCUGGACCUAGUGGAAGCCAGGAAUUGGACAAAUAUGACGUACAAGGGAUCAAAAGAGCUUGAGUUGGUCUAUCUCCAAGGCUGCCCCGGGGAAGAGGAGGAGGUGAAAGUGGUGGUACCAUUGCCUGUUCAUACCACCAUAAGUCACGAAGGGAUCAGAAGAAUCAUGGAAUGUGUCUGCAACCAAAGUAAACGUGCGUUCAUCCUGGCCAUCGUGGACUCCGACUCUACCGUGGUGUAUUAUCAACUUACCGAUGGCUUUGUCGUACCAGACCCACCACAGAUCAGCGAGGGGGCAGACGGCAAACUCUGUAAAAAGAAACGAAGGAGGUUUCACAGAUGACCCAUCUUCACCUUGUCACAACCCUUUCUGAUGAUCCUUUUCCCAAACCAUGUGUCAAGAUUCUCCUAUUUCCAGAGUUGCCAAGGAGUAUCUCCGUAUUUCUAGUUUACACCGAAGAUAGACACAAAAUACCAGAGUAACUCAGAGGGGAAGGUAGCAUCUCUGGAGAGAAGGAUUGGGUGAAGUUUCGGGUCGAGUCCUUUCUUCAGACUCCAGAUAUGGACUACCUCCAUAUUGUCCUUUUAUACUGUGGAGUAAAACUGAACCCAUGGUUUUGUUGGUUUAA